AAGGUCCGUGGAAGUCACUCACCUGCACCGACCCGUGGUGCCAGCUUUCCGUUCGCACAACAAGCUUUCCCUUCAGCCGUCAAAAUCGCAGCCACCGCCAGCGCCAGUUGCAGUCGCGAGUGUCUUCCUGCCGGCGCCAGCUCUCUUCGACCCUUCCACCUCGGCCACUAUUCCUGUCGCCGCCAGCUCUGCAUUCUUCUCUGUCUUCCACUAACCCUAGCAUAUACUCAGUGAGAACUCACUGCCGCUGUCUUUUCUUUCCACCUCCCUCUGCUUCUCCCCAACCCACACCGAAUCCGUUUUCAAGUCCACUCUCGGUGCUGGUGUUUCGUUUUCGGCGUCGUUGAGCGGGUUGUACGUGAGUACCCUCAAGUGAGGAAGGUAGAAGGUGGCCGAGUGAGUUUCAGAAAGGCUAAGGGAAAAAAAAAGGGUUUACAUAAGAUUAGAGAGGGAAGAAGGUUGAUUGGUCGAUGGAGGUGGAGCAAGCUAAGCCAAAGCCAACGCCGAAGCGGUUUGUGAAGAACCAAAUCCCCGAUUCCAUCCUCAACGACGCGGCCCUCAACGCCGCCAUCUCCGUUCUCCCUCACAACUACAACUUUGAGGUCCACAAAUGCGUUUGGCGCGUUCUUUCCACCGGCGCCAAACGCGUUGCCCUUCAGUUUCCCGAGGGCCUCCUCAUGUACUCCCUCCCUCUCUCCGACAUCCUCACUGCCUUCGCUGCCGUCGACCGCUGCUACGUUCUCGGUGACGUCACCUACGGCGCUUGUUGUGUCGACGACUUCUCCGCCGCUGCGCUCUCUGCCGACCUCCUCAUCCACUACGGCCACAGCUGCCUUGUCCCCAUCGAUUCCACCACCAUCCCCUGUCUCUACGUCUUCGUCGACAUCAAAAUCGACGUUUCCCAUUUGGUUGAUACCUUUAAAUUGAACCUCGAAUCUCGCGCCCAGAACCUCGUAUUAGCUGGUACUAUUCAGUUUGCAUCUGCAAUUAGGGCUGCGAAGCCGGAAUUGGAGAAAUCAGGGUUUAGGGUUUUGGUACCGCAGUCCAAGCCUCUUUCGGCCGGUGAGGUUCUUGGCUGCACUGCUCCCAAGGUUUCAUUAAUGGAUUCGUUUAGUGAGAAUCCUGAGAAUAGCGUUUUGGUAUUUGUAGCUGAUGGAAGGUUUCAUCUUGAGGCGAUCAUGAUAGCUAAUCCUGGGAUUAAGGCUUUUAGGUAUGACCCUUACAUUGGGAAGUUGUUUCUGGAAGAGUAUGAUCACGUGGGAAUGAAGGAAUCUAGGAAAGGUGCGAUUUUGAGAGCGAGGGAGGAAGCUCGGAAUUGGGGUGUUAUUUUGGGGACUUUGGGUAGGCAAGGGAACCCUAAGAUUCUGGAGAGAUUGGAAAAGAAUAUGAAGGAAAAAGGGUUCCUUUACACUGUUUUCUUGAUGUCUGAGAUUAGCCCUGCAAGGAUUGCAUUGUUUGAGGACUCCGUGGAUGCUUGGAUUCAGAUUGCUUGUCCUCGGUUAUCGAUUGAUUGGGGUGAUGCUUUUGGGAAACCAGUGCUCAAUCCCUUCGAGGCAGAGAUUGCGUUGGGGGUGAUACCUGGCUGGUGGGAGAAGAAGAAAAAUGUGUUGGUGGCAAAGGUGCAAGAAGGUUGUGAAGAUGGUGGUGUAAGUUGCCAGAAGAGUGGUGAUUCUUCCUGUGAGUGUAGCUGUGGAGAAGAUGAAAAUGGAAAUGGAAAGAGCGAUUUUGGUGGUGAAUAUCCAAUGGACUAUUAUUCUCAAGAUGGUGGGGAGUGGAAUUCCUCUUAUGUGAAGAAGUCUUCUCGUCCUGUAAGGAGAAUUUCUGUAUCUUAGGUUGCUACUAGUGCCAUUUCUCAGCAGUCUUAAACUUUCUAUAGGUUAUAGAUUUCGAUAUUUUGUAAGUUGCUGGAUAUUGGCUUUUGUCUCUAAACAACAUUGGAUGUUUAGGGAGAAAACAUAGUAUGAUGUGAUACAAUACAAUACAAUACAUCAUCUCAUAUGUGCGAUUUGUUGUUUUACUAGUGUUAAAUGGUGCGAUGCACAGUUUUGUAUUAAAUU